AUGAUGGGCAUUGACUUCGGCCUACCCUUUCGGGAUCCUGAGGUCAACCCCAUCACGUACAAGGCGCGUGCUAUUCCAUUCCUCAAUCCCAUUAACAUGUAUGGAAGAGUAUUCUUCUUCUCUUGGUUCUCUUUUUUCGUUGCCUUCUUCGCCUGGUACGCCUUCCCUCCUCUGUUGCACGAUACCAUCCAAAAGGAUCUCCAUUUGACCAAGACCGACGUUGCGAAUUCUAACAUCAUCGCCCUUUCUGCGACUUUGCUCGUCCGAAUAAUCGCAGGCCCAUGCUGCGAUCAUUUCGGUCCUCGCUGGACGUUCACCGGAUGCCUAGCUAUUGGCGCGAUCCCUACAUUCUUGGCUGGAACUGCGUAUACCAGGAGCCAGCUUUUUGCUGUUCGUUUCUUUGUUGGCAUUCUCGGUGGAAGCUUCGUUCCGUGUCAAGUAUGGAGCACUGGCUUUUUUGACAAGAAUGUAGUAGGCACUGCCAACGCCUUCACGGCUGGCCUGGGUAAUGCGGGUGGUGGUGUGACCUAUUUCUUGAUGCCUUCCAUCUACGAUUCUCUCGUUGGUAAUGGCUUGACUCCUCACAUAGCAUGGCGGGUGACUUUUGUUGCUCCCGGCAUUAUCAUCAUGGCCGUUGCUUUCGGUCUGCUUGUGCUCUGCGAGGAUACACCAACUGGUAAAUGGAGCGAGCGCCACAGUGCUACUGAGUUUCACCUCGCGGCUCAUGGUCUUCACGCAACCGUUGUUGAGACACCCAGUGCCAGUAUUGCAGACAACCCUGCCUCGGUUUCUUCAGGCUUCGUCGAUCCGCCAGCAGGGGAGAAGACAUUUUACGAUGCUAGUGCCAAGCGGGAAAUAUCCAUAUGCGCAGACCACGAAGCUCAAAUGACCGAACAGCAAGUGAUCGACACAGCUCGUGGUGAGGUUGUUGUGAAGCCUACGCCCAAGGAAGUCGUUAAAGCCAUGUUCGCACCUCAGACCCUUGUCCUCGCCCUCUGCUACUUCUGCUCUUUUGGCGGCGAACUGGCAAUCAACUCGAUCCUUGGAACGUACUAUCAGAAAAACUUCAAGCAGCUUGGGCAGACCACAUCUGGGCAAUGGGCCGCGAUGUUCGGCUUGUUAAAUGUCGUCUAUCGCCCCAGUGGAGGUAUCUUUGCGGACCUCCUUUUCAAGCGCUCUCCCAACGUCUGGGUGAAGAAGAUCUGGAUUCAUGCUCUGGGGAUCAUCACCGGCGUGUUUCUCAUUGUAAUUGGCACUCUUGAUCCCCACGGUACAAAAACAAUGUUCGGUCUCAUCGCCGGCAUGGCUUUCUUCUUGGAAGCGGGCAACGGAGCCAACUUUGCUCUAGUGCCACACGUCAAUCCUCACGCAAAUGGCGUUGUGUCUGGAAUGACCGGCGCCAUGGGAAAUCUGGGUGGCAUCAUCUUCGCCAUCGUCUUUCGCUAUGAAAAGACCGACUAUGGAAAGUCGUUCUGGAUCAUCGGCGUCGUCACCAUUGCCAUCAACGUCGUGCUCUGCUGGAUUCCGCCCGUGUCAGAGAAGCAGAUUGGCGGUCGGUAA